GAGAACACUUAAUCUUCGAAGCCCUUCGUUCCGUCUGUGACUGGCGUUCACCGCAAAACUGGUGUCUCUUUCUGAACUAAGAGAUUUUUGUUAUCUCUUAAGCAAUGAGAGCUUCCUUCUUGUCAAUUCUUCUGAUCAUAAUCACUACUCCGACGCUUUCUGUACCCCUUCUACAGCUCGAAGGAUCCCAACUUGUAUUGGCCCUACCCAAAUCGAACCCUCGUGCAAGUCUCCCCGCAGCCAACCCUACAAGAUCUUUCUGGAUCGAUACCCCGGAUGCUAAUCCUUUAGGAGGCGAGGGCAGUACAGGCGUUCUAACUCAAGAUGCGGAUGUUUGUAUCAUUGGCUCAGGAAUCACCGGUGUCUCUGCCGCUUAUCAUCUCUCCAAUAACUCUGGCCUGAAAGUGAUUGUACUAGAAGCGAGGGAUUUCUGCUCAGGGGCUACGGGACGUAACGGUGGUCACCUUACCCCAUCCACGUUCCUGGGGUUUAGUGCAAGCACUAGUCAGUACGGGAUAGAGGAGGCAGUUAGGUCGCUCCAGCUGGAGAAUUAUACUGCAGAAGCUAUCGUAAAGAUUAUACACCAAGAAGGUCUAGCGGACGCGGUAGACCUUGUGCGCGGGGGGCAUACUACUCUUUUCCUAACGGAGAAGGAACGAGAAGAGGCGUGGAGGGACUAUGUGGAGGCACGCGCAGCGGGCUUAGAACUCGAUGUAAAGUGGGCAAGUACGGAAGACAUGCAGACGAAAUAUGGAACAUCGUACCCAGCCGCACAGUUCGAUGGGCACAACCUAUGGCCUCUCAAGUUUGUCACACACCUGUACCGGAUUGCUAAGCUACGCCUCUCAGAUGGUAAUUUGACGCUACAUACACGAACACCUGUCACCUCUGUUAGUUCAUCUUCGAAUUCUACUCGACGGUGGAAAGUCAAUACGCCACGAGGAUCAAUAUCUUGCUCAUAUGUUGUUCAUGCAACGAACGGUUAUGCUAGUUAUCUCCUGCCACACCUCGCAGGACCGCAAGGUAUCGUACCGACACGCGGUCAGAUCGUUGCCAUGCGCUCCUCAGCUAGGUUGGCGCCGGGAAGCUGGGACGGGAAUGAGGGAUUUGAAUAUUGGUUUCCGCGGCCUAGAGGGGAGGGUUUAGUCAUAUUAGGCGGUGGUAGAGAAGUGUCAGGUCCUGGGUUUGAAUAUUACGAAACCGAUGACGGGAGCGUCAAUACGGAUGUAGGAAAGGCUCUGAGAGGGUUUCUGGGGGAAGUGUUUGAGGGAGAUAACCAAGAGCCGGAAAUGGAAUGGACUGGGAUCAUGGGAUAUACGAAGAUGGGAGAUCCUUUUGUUGGGCCCGUUAUAGAUCCUUCUCAUCCUGAAGGACAUGAAGGGCAGUAUAUCUCUGCAGGCUAUACGGGACAUGGAAUGCCGCGAGCAUAUGCAUGUGCGGAAGCUAUCGCCACGAUGAUUUUGACCGACAUGUCAAAGAAAGAAUGGAUAAGGCCUGAAUGGUUGCCAGAGAGAUAUUUGACCUGGUCGCGGGUAUAGUCAAGUACGAUUUCAGGCAAAUUUCAGGAUAGCAUAGAAGUCAGUCUAGCCAAUGAAGGACAGUCGUCGCUAACUCUAACCCCUCCUAUGCACGUGGGUUAUUACGCGUUAUGGGAGAAUAAAGUAGAUGAAGCAGUAAGCUGUAACCUAUUUGCGGAAUUUUCUGAUGCUGGUCGGUGUUGUCAGAUAUUGCUUUGAUGAAAGCGGCCUAGAAGUCCAGAGCCAGAAGAGCCUAGAGAAGGAACAUAAUUCACGAGGUACGCAAUACGUAGGAGGCCGUUGCCAC